AUGCUCGUUCAGAAUCGAGGAAUUUCUACUCGUAUGUUGUACAGCCGUUCAGCCAAAGGAAAUGUCUCCAUUCAGGAUCCCUCGCCGGAUGGAAGCUAUGUGAUACUUGAGAACACACAUCGCUCCAGAGAAGAACCCAUUGGAGGGUGGAAGCUCAAGAGGAAGAUAGAUGGAAAACAUGAAAUCGUCUACACGUUCCCUGCGGAUUUCGUGCUCAAAGGCGGAAAAAGUGUGAAAUCUGGCAAACGACAAGGUGGAAUUCACGAUCCUCCCGAAUCCCUUGUAUUCGAUUCUGAGAAUUCAUUCGGUAACGGUUCGAACGUGCAAACGAUGCUCUUCGACAAAGAAGGCGAAGUACGC